AUGGAGGCCAGCUUCAGCGAACGGGGAAUGUUUGAUGAGCUGGAGUUCCUCGCAAGGACGCCGGAAUUGAGGCGUGCGUGGGACCGCGUGCGAACAGCCGCAAUCCGUGGCGCAGCCGCUGGCGUUCUUAUCAAAGGCGGCCUUCACACGCUGACCUUCGCGAUGUACCUGCUUUCGCGAAUCCGCGGCAAGGGGCGGCAACGCGUGACGACAUUUUCGGAUGCCCUCCGCGACACCGUGCUCCACACAUGCUUCUUGGCGGCCCUCGGCUCAUCCUACACAGCAGUGGAUGAAGGCAUAGCCCUCAUUUUCGGGAAAGCCAGCACUCAGCGGUGGCGAGCUCUGGUGGCCGGUCUCAUCGCGGGGCAGUCCCUGCGCAUGACCGGAUCCAAUCAGCGACAUUACAGCUUGGCGACGUACAUCCUGCUGCGGGGCCUUACGUUGCUGGUGCGUACGGGCAACAAACCCAGCGCCUCCCCCUCGCUCCGUGCGUUGCUGCGUCCCACCCGCCUGCAACACGGCGACACGCUGUUGAUGUGUUUGGCGGCGAGUCAGAUUCUGUACUCCUUCAUCAUGGCGCCGUCCUCCCUGCCGCCUGCAUACGUGCGGUUCAUUUCGAGGAUGGGGGGAAAGGACGUGGCGGUGUGGGCGGCGAUGAGGGCCGACUGCGUCGUACACCCUGCGAGUUUUUUCAUCCUGGUCAGAGUUGUACGACCCACGCAGUGGGUGUGUUGCCUCAGUCCAGCCGUCGCGUCGUACAUCCUCUUUAAAAUGCUCCUCUCCAUCGCAACGACUGACAUAUUGCUGCGUCCUUUGCCGUACAUCUAUUGCUCCACUGGAUGCACGGCGGUGGUGACGUCACUGGAUGGUGGCGCGUGUGCCGGGUUUUGCGUGUCGGGCGUCAACACGGGUGCCGUGAUCGCUGCCAGCGUAUGGGCCGGGGGGCUGGCUACACUGCUGGAGAAGAAGAGCAGGAGGAUGGAACUGGCCAUGUACUGCGCGGCGCGAGCGCUGGAGGCAUUCAUACGCCGCUUUCCGGGGAUUGCAGCAGCACGGACACCGGCCGCUGGGCCCCCGGCGGGCAACGCCGCAGGCUCCAGCGGUGUCGGCGGUCUCCGUCUCGAUGUGCUGAUGUUCAGUUUGGGUUGUGGGGCCAUCAUGCACUGCUACAGCGACUCCAGGGGGGAACACCGGGAUGUGUUUCGCUCAAAGUACCUGAACGUUCUGGACUUCAUUUUUGGAAAUGAGGGUGUUCAGCAGGGCAGUAUUUCCCACGUACCCACCAAUUUGGAAAUCAUGUUCACAGUGGGUCGCCGUCUGCGGACCAUGACGUCAUCGCGGGGGGUGCUGUACAGCGGCGACCACUCCGCCUCCUUCGCCACGGCGUCGGUGUCGCCGCUCACCCAGUCCGCGGCGCAGUCCCUGGGGGAGGGGCUCGGCCAGCGGGGGGGCUGUCCCGCUGCCGGGAUUGGCGGCGGCGGCGAGGGUGAGGGUGAGGGGGUUGGCUUCGCCGUCACCGGCGGACACAUCCACCACGGCGGGCAUGGCUACAGCCGAUACCUGAAGCGGCAGCAGCAGCAGUUGCUGCUACAGCAGCAGCACCAGCAGCAGGGUUGUUGGUCUGGGAAGGGAAGAGAUGUCGUGCGUGGUGGUGGCAGUAGUAGCGGGAGUGGUCUGGUUCUGGAGCGGGGCGCAGGAGGCGGAAGUGGAGAAGCGCCGCAGAGACGGUUGUGCAGCUCUUUGCUGUCGGGCUCGGAGGCUGCGGAGGCGGAUUGUAGGGGGCCGGGGGCGUCGUACGGCUGCAACGGAGCGGCGAUGGCGGCGGCAGCGUCUGCGGCUGCGGGAAUGGUGGUAAGGGAGGCGGCGGCCCGGCUUGAAGGGGAGCAGCAGCAGCAGCAGCUGCAACAACGACAACAACAGCGGCAGCGGCAUUUGGUGGGAGGGGCAGGUACGGAAGCGGCGGCCGGGGCAGCAACGGGAAAAAGCGCUGGCGGCAGCGGCAGCCCGAGUAGCAGUGAGUGGGAGGACGUCUGGACCGCGACGGCAGGCUCCUCCCCAAGCGCAGACGGCGCGGCGCCGCCGCCGCUGGCGGCCGCCGCAGCCGCCGCGGCUGGAUCCCUUACCCGCACCUCAUCCGCCCCAUUGGCCGGCGACGAUACCGUCGUACAUAACAGCCCCUUUGCGGUGGCGGCGGCGGCGGCGAAGCCCCUGGCGGGAGUAGCAGCGGCGGCGGCGCCGCCGCCAAGGACUCUUGGUUGGGCGGCCAGGUUGGUGGCGGAUGCGUUUCACCGGGCUACUGGCGGCGGCGCCACGGCCGCCCCUUCACCGUCAGGUGACGCGCCCGUCGCCGGUGCGGACGUCACGGCGGCGGCGGUGGCAAGGCCGUCACAGCCUCAUGCGGAGAGCGGCGGCGGCGGUGGCGGUGGCGGCGGCGGCGGCGGCAUCUGGGGCGGUGUAGGCCGGCGCUGUAGCAUGCGACGGAUCAGCACUGCUCCCCACGGUCUGCAGCACUCCGCCAAAGCCAUGCUACUGCUCUCGGAUCCAACUUCAGAGCACUGCGGCCGCGGCCGUAGCAGCUACAAGGAGCUACAGCGGCUGAGCGCUGGCGGCGGCGGCGGCGGUGGCGGCGGCGACGCUCUGGCGGCAGCGGCCGCUGCUGCUGACAACGAUGUCGCAUCGCCAGCGUCGAUGUCCUCGUCACCCGGUGCCGCUGAGACUGCUGCUGCGGCGGCGGCGGCGGCGGCGCCGUUGCCGCUGCCCCGCGCCAGCAUUCCGUACAAUGGCUCUGAGCCGUCGUCGCCGUCCGGACGCCAUGUGGCGCCGCCGUCGCGGGCGCGGCCGGUGCCCGUACCCAACGCCAGUAGCCGUACGCCGGCGUUUCGGCCCCGCAUGCCCUUUGCCAGCGGCGGCGGUGGCGGCCGCAGCAUCGCUGGCGGGGGCGGCGCCGGCGCCGACGCCGCUGCUUCCGUACCGCCGCUGGCGCCCCGCUCCCUACCCACCGGCGGUGGCAGCUUGAGCUCUAGCCUCAACCGCCUUUCCGGCGGCUUCAACGGCCGUCUCGUACAUUGGGGCACCCCUUCAACCAACAACCACUUCCUCAACGCUCAACCAUGUCCCCGCCAGUUCGACAGCGGCAAGCGCAGCGGUGGCGGUGCCGUCGCAGCGAAGGGCCACGGCGAGUCCGUGACUGGGCCCGGGUAUGGCGCCGCUGCCGCCGCCGCCGCCGCCGGCGGCAGCGGUGGCAGCGGCGGCGGCGGCGGCGGCAGCGCCUUAACAUUUGAACUUAACGGUGCGCUGAGUCACCCCAGUCCAGUACCCAAGACGCCAAUAUGGCCCCGGAUGAGUCUGGAUUCUCAGGUGACGGAGGCGACGGAGACGUCGACGGCGGCGGCAGCGGCGGCAUGCUCUGCGCCGGCGGCAGGCGGGGGAGUGCUGGCGGCGGCGGGGGCAGCGGAAGCGUUGGCUCUCGCUGUCCCGCAUACGGAUUGA